AUGAGCAAACGGAAUUCUGCAAAUUCAUCAUCUGGAAUGGGUGUGGGUGACGAUUGCAAGCUCAAGUUCUUGGAAUUAAAAGCGAAGCGAAACCAUCGGUUUAUUCUGUACAAGAUUGACGAAACGACACGAGAGGUGGUGGUAGAGAAAUUGGGAGGUCCCCAAGAUAUCGAGGCCUUGCCUGAAAACCAAUGCCGUUACGCUGUCUUUGAUUACGAUUUCGUUACCGACGAGAAUUGUCAGAAAUCCAAGAUUUUCUUCUUUACAUGGGCACCUGAUACGUCAAGGGUGAGGAGCAAGAUGCUUUAUGCAAGCUCAAAGGACAAAUUCAAGCGGCAAUUGGAUGGGAUUCAAUUUGAGCUGCAAGCAACCGAUCUUAGUGAACUCAGCUUGGACAUCAUCAAAGAUCGAGCUCACUGA